AUGGUCGGGAUGUACCAGAAGCAGCUCCUCGACGCCCCCUUCGCCCUAAACGGCCACUGCGCCGACCAGCCACGCCACGCGCCGGCCGCCGCCGCCGCCGCCGCUUCCCCCUCGCCGUAUCCGCCCAACCCCUCCUCCUCCUCGGGCGCUGCCCCCUCGCCGCACGCGCAGGCGGAUGGCGCCGGCCAGCCGCGUCGGCUGUUCCACGCGCUCGUCGGGGGGAUCCUGCAGCGCGGGGCCGGAGGCGGCAACGGCGCGGCUGGGGAUCUGGGGGCGCUGGUGUCGUGGGCGCGGGAGGUCGCCGUGGAUCCCUGCGCGAAGCGGCCGGCGGACAGGCCGAGGAAGCGGCAGGUGCUGGCCUUGCGGCGCGCGCGCUACCUCAAGAUGGAGGACGUGGCGGACCAGGCCGAACUCCCCAGCUUCUCCAAGAAAAGGAAGUACAGAACUAAGGACCAGUCAGAAAGACCAAGGAAAGGGCCAACCCCAACAAGGAAAUCCGAGAGGCUAGCUAGGAGAAUGGUACUCAUGACAUCAGUGCUUCUCACGCAAAGGAAAAAGAUUGGAGUAGGUGAGCAGUUUCAGGCUGAGAUACCUGACUGGACUGGGCCACCUUCAGACGCAGAGCUUUCUUGGUACAGGAAUGACCCGAACACCUCAAAGAUGCUAGGAAGCAGAACUUGGCCACCUGAAGGUUAUGUCUUACAGACAAAUAUUGUGGUAGCUGGACAGGGAAGGCCUGAAUCAUGUAAUUGCCCAUAUCCAGGAAACUUCUAUUGCAGAUUACAUCACAUCAACACCGCCAGGGAUCGGCUAAGGUCUGAAAUUGGUCAAGUUUUCACGGAAUGGAAAUUUGAUUUGAUGGGUGAGCAGGUUUCUAAGAUGUGGAGUAUUGAGGAGCAACUGAAGUUUGCUGCAGUUGAGCAGUUGGUUCCUGUGUUUGAAAAUAAGAGUUUUUGGGCGAUAGCGGCAAAACAUUUUGCCUCGAAGACCAGGGUGGACUUGGUGCGGUACUACCUCAAUGUUUUCCUCAUGAGAAGAGUUUCAAACCAGUGCAGGCUGAGUCUGUUGGAGAUUGAUAGUGAUGAGGAUGAAGCAGAGGAAGAGGAGGAUGAAGAUCAAUCUGAUGGCUCCAAUUCGUCCCAGAGGCCCCAGGAUGUCCAAGAGGUGAAGAAGAUUUUCUGA